AGUAUUUUUCCAGAACGUAAUUUGAACUUGACAAUGAAUCCCAUACUCUUUCUUGCGUCUCUACAUGUUUUGUCCAACGCUGCAUUUUCUAAUGCACAAAACAAAAAUGGAAAGAUUGUUGGUGGCACAAUUGCUGAACCAGGAGAAUUCCCUUACAUGGUGUCUGUACAACGUCCCUGGGAGAAUCUCAUCCCAUCUCAUUGGUGUGGAGGCUCCUUGAUUGACCCCAGUUAUGUGGUUACUGCAGCACAUUGUGUGCAUGGGCAUUCAAGAAAUGAAUACUCUGUUAAACUGGGGGAGCAUAACAGGCAAAUCACAGAUGAGUUUGAAGUGGAGAUAAAAGUGAAUGGAAUAUUCGAGCAUGAAGACUACAAUUCAGGAUCUGAUGUGCAAUAUUACUGGUUGGGGAACUACACAAGAGGGUGGUUCACUUGCCAGGGUUCUGGUGAAGGCAGAAGUCCCAAUUGUCACCAGAAUGGACUGUGAAGAUGCUUAUGGAUGGACCAACAUUUAUGAUGGAAUGCUGUGUGCAGGUUACUAUGCCCUUGGUGGAGUGGAUGCUUGUCAGGGUGACAGUGGUGGUCCUAUGACAUGCCCUCUAGAAGAUGGAACCAAUGUGCUUGCAGGAAUUGUUUCAUGGGGAUCUGGGUGUGCCAGGCCAGGAUACCCUGGAGUUUAUUCAGAAGUCGCCUAUUUAAGGGAAUGGAUUCAUGAGAAAAUAGGAGUGUGAUCAGGUUACUUCCAGUAUUUUUUUCGCAUUUUGACCGCCAUCAAACUAAAACAAUGUCUGGAAUUAAAAAUUUAUUUGAUUUGAAAAUGAGG